AUGCCUCCCAAGAAAGCCGUCACCUCCAAGCCCACUGCCACCCAUGCGUCCUACAGAGAUAUGAUCAAGGAUGCCAUCAUUAAUCUCAAGGAACGCAAUGGAAGCAGUCGCCAAGCUCUUAAGAAAUAUGUCCAGGCCAACAACAGAAUCAAUGUGACUUCCCAGAGCGCGUUCGAUGCCCAAUUCAACCGUGCAGUCAAGACUGGUGUCGAGAAGGGCGAUUUCACUCAACCAAAGGGUCCAUCCGGCCCUCUGAAGCUCGCCAAGAAGGAACCAGCCAAACCCGCUGCUAAGAAGGCUGCCGCAAAGCCUGCUGCUGCCAAAAAGGAAAAGACACCCGGUAAGAAGGCCACCACAAAAGCCGCCACCACGACGAAGAAAGCCGCUGCCCCCAAGAAGACUCCUGCCAAACCAAAAGCAAACGUUGCUAAGCCUCGCAAGGCCCCAGUUGCCCCAGCAGUAGUUGAUGCUCCCAAGGUCACAGGAAAGACAAAAUCUGGCCGCGUCACAAAAACAACCGCUAAGCCCGCACCGAAAAAGAAGACCACCGGACCCAAGAAGACCCCCACAAAGAAGGCAACACCGAAGAAGGCAGCAGCAUAG